AUGCUGAAGUUACUUGCGUUGGUCCUUGCAAUUAGCGAGUCUGCCAUCGGAGCAGUCGUGCACCCACCACGUUGUGAUUCUCAUCCACGUAACUAUAAGGGUACUACGAACAACACCCAUUGCGGCACCGAUUUCCGUACCUGGUGGCAUAAUUCAGGGGAGAUCAACACGCAGACCCCUGUCCAACCAGGGAACGUGCGCCAAUCUCAUAAGUAUUCCGUGCAAGUGAGCCUAGCGGGUGCAAACACAUUUUAUGACUCCUUUGUGUAUGAAUCUAUCCCCCGAAAUGGAAAUGGCCGCAUCUAUGCUCCCACAGAUCUCCCCGGUAGUAACACGCUAGAUCCAGGCGUUGAUGAUGGAAUCUCGAUUGAGCCUGGUAUUGGCCUCAAUAUGGCAUGGUCCCAGUUUGAGUACAGCCAGGAUGUCGAUAUCAAAAUCCUGGCCAUUGAUGGCUCAUCGCUGGGCUCGCCAAGUGAUGUUGUUAUUCGCCCAGUCUCAAUCUCCUAUGCGAUUUCUCAGUCCAGCGAUGGCGGGAUUGUCAUCCGGAUCCCAGCCGAUGCGAAUGGCCGCAAGUUUUCAGUAGAGUUCAAGAAUGAUCUGUACACCUUCCUCUCUGAUGGCAACGAGUACGUCACGUCGGGAGGCACCGCCGUCGGUGUUGAGCCUACCAACGCACUUGUGAUCUUCGCAAGCCCGUUUCUUCCGUCCGGCAUGAUUCCUCAUAUGACAACCUACAACACGCAGACUAUGACGCCGGGACCUAUCAAUAAUGGCGACUGGGGCUCUAAGCCAAUUCUUUAUUUCCCACCAGGUGUAUACUGGAUGAACCAAGAUCAAUCGGGCAACUCGGGGAAAUUAGGGUCUAAUCAUAUGCGUCUGAACUCGAACACUUAUUGGGUCUACUUUGCCCCCGGCGCGUACGUGAAGGGUGCUAUCGAGUAUUUCACCAAGCACAACUUCUAUGCAACCGGCCAUGGUGUCCUAUCGGGUGAAAACUAUGUUUAUCAAGCCAAUGCUGCCGACAACUACGUUGCGGUAAAGAGCGAUACGACCAGCCUCCGGAUGUGGUGGCACAAUAACCUAGGGGGUGGUCAAACAUGGUAUUGUGUUGGGCCUACGGUCAAUGCACCGCCAUUCAACACUAUGGAUUUUAAUGGAAACUCCGACAUCUCAAGUCAAAUUAACGAUUAUAAGCAGGUUGGAGCCUUCUUCUUCCAGACGGAUGGGCCAGAAAUUUAUCCUAAUAGUGUCGUGCACGAUGUCUUCUGGCAUGUCAAUGAUGAUGCACUCAAAAUCUACUAUUCCGGAGCAUCUGUCUCGCGGGCAACGAUCUGGAAAUGUCACAAUGAUCCAAUCAUCCAGAUGGGAUGGACAUCCCGGGAUAUCAGUGGAGUGACAAUCGACACACUGAAUGUUAUCCACACCCGAUACAUCAAGUCAGAAACAGUGGUGCCUUCGGCUAUUAUUGGGGCCUCUCCAUUCUAUGCAAGUGGAAUGAGUCCUGAUUCAAGCAAGUCCAUAUCCCUGACGGUUUCAAACGUUGUUUGCGAGGGUCUUUGCCCGUCCCUAGUCCGAAUCACACCCCUACAGAACUACAAAAAUGUCGUUGUCAAGAAUGUGGCUUUCCCAGACGGGCUACAGACAAAUAGUAUUGGCACGGGAGAAAGCAUUAUUCCAGCCGCAUCUGGUCUAACUAUGGGACUAGAUAUCUCCAACUGGACCAUUGGUGGACAACAAGUGACUAUGCAGAACUUUCAAUCGAAUAGCCUGGGGCAGUUCAACAUUGACGGCAGCUAUUGGGGAGAGUGGCAGAUUAGCUAG